UACAUAUAUGCAUUAGGCGUGGGCCAACUUUCAAGUCAGGACUUGUGUUCGUUUCCAAAAGUCUUGCGAACAAAAUGCCAACCAGAGGAAUAGACGUCAUAGCAAUUUCAGCCGCCAUUUUGAAUUUCCCGGGCCCUUUCCUAGAGUUUGCAUCAAAACGAGGCUACCUAUACAUGUACUUACAAUAGUGUCCCUGUAUUAUGCACGUAUAUGUAGUAUAGGUAUGCCAUUUUCGGUACCCCCUAGAUCUACAUCGGUCAGCAACAAAACGUAAGUGAAAUUUUGAUAGAUUCUCCAAACUAAUUGUUGUCAAUCUCUUUCAUUAGAUUUCAGUCCUUUCACCCAUCAUGGUUGUUUUACGCGCCGUCUUGCUUUGGGCCAGCAUCUCUGGUAUCCAUGGUAACCGAUGCACCAAGACCCUGCCGACUACCGGCCACGUCCGGUACUCCAGCCGGGAGUCCGCCCAGGCCUUGGUGGAAACUUUCAUCCAAUCGUCUAUCAAACCCGGGGAGACCCUCUGUUUCACCUUACAUGACGUCACCAACGAUGACGCAACCUCUGACGCCUCAAUCUCCAUGGCAACGAAUGGGAGCGUGCCGUUGCUAUGGCAACUCACCUACGAAGGCAUCGAGAUGGAGUACGGCGUCAAGAAUCGGUACUCCUUCUACAGACCGAAGUACGAAUCAAAGUGCAUCUGUGACUGCCCUCAAUAUGGCGACUACUGUAACUCCAAAACAAACCGCUGCACUGAGCACGAGCUAGAUUUCUGUUACAACACUUACAGAUCCGACCAAACGGCUCAUGGUUGUCUUGCUUAUUGGAACAGCGAAGAAUCAGAAGUCUGCUGCGCUCUUUACGUCGGGAAACACCCCGAGUCGCCUAAAUACGACGCCGUGUACCUUUCUUCGGACGGCAAACCGAUCGUCAAGCUCGCUCUCAAAGUCUACGACAGCAGGACUGACGAAGUAGUGUAUUCCUAUCCAACUUUUACAGUCGCUUUGAAUGAUCGAACUCACAGGGCACAACACUCGGUAAGAAUGGAGGUGACAGGCGACACCCCGACACAGAUCGACAGCGGGUACUACUAUGCUACGAGUGAAGGGACCCAGCUAUACACGGACGUUAGUAUUAACGGUCUAAACGAGUUUGAUCCGAGAAAGAUGGGGUGGCUGAAAGUUCGUGACGACGGGACCGUGGAACGGCCCCCCGAGAGAACAGUGCUCGACGCGUUCCACUUGAAGACACAUAAAUGUCAUAACAAAUUUGACUAUACAGAAACAUGGCAGAUAUAUGGCGAAGGGGAUUGGAAGCAUUAUUCCGGGUCGCGUGUUGAGAAUUUCUACGGCUGGGUACGGAGGGUUAGUUACUAUCCUCAGCGGCGUUCGGUUACGGUCGUCCCGCGGUAUGACAGACUCGUUACGGUCAAGAUCGGGAUCAACACCACGACAAACGUCCUCUUCUUCUACCACGACUCAGAUCUGAUAGACUUCACGGCCGAAGUCCGGGUAGACAAGCACUCGAACCGAUUCGCCAACAUAACACUGGUGGCAGCGGUGGGAUCACUCGUGGGAUCCAUUACACCCUAUUACGGCGCCGACGGAGCUAGCUCAGCAACAGUACACAGAUUUGAACUACACGUGGACUCUCCACCUGCAGCGAACACCAUUAAGCGCAUUUCCUUGCCGAAAACGAUAAACGGCACGAGUCGGAUGUGUCUGUCGCCGCUUUCCAAACCUAACAACGAGGUCUGCAAAACCGUGCCGUUCAUACAGGAGGCGCUGCAGGACUUUUUCGUGCCGCCAACCUGGAGGCCUGGCAACCCUGGGAGCGCCGGGCCGGGGUUCAACUUCAACUGGCUCUUCGACUUUUUCGGCUUUCUGAACCCCGCCGAAUGGUUUGACGGCAUCCAGGGCUGGUUGGAACUGUUCGCCAUGUUGUUGGACAUCGCCUUGUUCAUUGCAGGCAUAUUUCUGUUCAUCAAGGUCUGCACGUGCUUCAACGUCUUCACGACAAAGGCUCCGAAAUGGGAUGAGGGGGUGGAGAUGUCAGUUCUACGGCGUCGGAAAGCAGAACCUGGUGACGUGUGCUGAGGAUCCGUCGAUGGCCCAAUCAGAAGAAGUUCAUGUUUACUCGCUGACACGAUAAGGUUCUCAUUGGCUGUUGACACAUGACUGUCACAUGGCCAUACACAUCAAAGUUGACAUAAAUGGAUGUUUGAAGCUAGGAUCUAUAGUGUGUUCAAUACACUCCUUUCCAGAAAAAAAUAUAUGUGCUGCUUUCCAAUCUGCAUAUGUAUAUUGCCAACUGUUAGUAAAAGUAAGCUUUUUCUCGUAUAUAUUUCAGCUUGUUAUAUUAGGCUCUUAAUUGAUACAUUGUAUAUGGUUUGUGAUACGUUACUAGAAUUUUAACGUUUGAGUGAUUGGAAUGUGACGGUGACGGUCUCCACAAAUCUACGUUUAACAGUUACAAUGUUGAAAACAUUUUGCUCGUUACUGUAGAACCAUAUGUGUAGAACGAGACAGUCUGAUUUUCACAUUUUGAACGCUAAAGUCAUUGGACUUGAACAAAGAAUGAUACAUGAUAGUACGAAUUUACAUGUACGCUGCCACCUAUCAUGCGAACAUUUCAGUAAUUCGUAUGUAACGUUAAUGUAAAUAACAUGAUUUGUGCAGCGACAACACAACUGAAGUCUGUUGUGCUUGUGUGUAAAAGCAUGUACGUAAUACCGAUAUGUUUAAUCGCACAAAGUACAUAUAUUAUUUACAAUUGACAUUGAUUUAUUGACCAUUAAGUGAACAACUUGUUCUCUUACGUAACCGUAGUUCCUUCCCUUUCCCGCGAGUUUAAUUCGGGUUGUCUGUUUACCUGAACGUGUGUGGACACUCGCACUGUUCACAGAGAAACUGCUUAUGCAUGUGAUACUGCGUUUUGUAGGUACUUCCCCUGAUAGUACCCCUUAUAUGUCAUAUAUGUGCAUAACAGUCUUGUACUCAUGGGAAUCACUAGUUGGUCGAAUUGUGUCAAAUUGCGCAAGAUGUCUCACCGUAUAGAGGCAGUUAUCACACGAGAAACGUUGAUGAUAUUGAGUGGUCAGGGUCUUCUGAUAACCCCGAUGUGUACCGAUAUGUCCCUUUCACACGAGAAAAAUUAUAAUAUAUAUUCCCAUGCAUAUUCGAUCUGUUUCUCUAAAUUAGCAAAAAUUGAUUACCGAUAUCAGGUAUUGUAAGUCCGAACAUGAGAAAGGUCUCUUCUAUUACGGUCACGCCUGAUAGAGGUUGAAGCAUCUAAACGUCUUAAUAAACCAGAAUGUACCGGCUACCCUCUCAUAUCAUCGUCUUAGCUGUCUUGGUAACGUCAGGACUAUGUCUCGAUGGUCUUUCUCACCUGGGCGAUUUUACAGCAGAAGUUGUGUUGGACAGGUUCUCCAACCGUUUCGCCAACAUAACACUGGUGGCAGCCGUGGGAUCACUUCUGGGCACCAUCACCCCUUUGGUCACAGAAAACCAACACGGGGUCCCGUUCACGUUCGAGCUACGCGUGGACUCGCCGUCCAAGGUUACAUCGUUAAAGCGUGUGUCUCUACCGAGCAACAUCCAUGGUCACAGCCGGCCGGCUGUGUCUGUCUCCCUUGUCGCGACCAGACAUGGAAAUCUGUAAGGUGGUACCGUUUGUCAAGGAACCAAUCGGAAGGUUUCUUGUUCCGUCCGAACCCAAGCUUAGGGCUAGUGAAGGUCAGAAACAACGCAGCGACAACGGAACUGCCCGUU